AUGACAAUUUCAAGUGAUAUCUUAGCGAUCCAAGGUUUUGACAUAUCUCCAGAGUUCACAUACCCUCUGUUUUUCUUGCUGCUGUUUGUUUACUUUUCCCUGCUUUUUUCUAACAUUGGAGUUCUCGUACUUAUCAUCACUGAGAAGAGUUUGCACCAGCCGAUGUACAUUCUCUUUUGUAACCUGUCUGUCAAUGAUCUGAUAGGUAACACAGUCCUACUGCCUCAGCUGAUGGCUCACAUCAUUUCAACUGAACGGUUUAUCACCUAUAACCAGUGCGUGAUUCAAGCCUUUCACAGCCACACGUUUGGUUCAGCUUCACACAUGAUUCUUUUGAUAGGUCUUACAGUGAGGUUGUCCCGGUGUAGAUCAGUUAUACAAAAUGCUUACUGUGACAAUGCAUCACUGUUCAAGCUUUCUUGUGAGGAUGUCUCCAUCAACAAUAUCUAUGGACUCUUUUUCACUGUGCUACUGUUUAGUUGCUCAAUUGGAGGCAUAGCGGUCACCUACUUCAGAAUAGCUCUCAUCUGCUGGAUCAAGAAAAACAAAGAGUUGAAUAACAGAGCACUGCAAACGUGUGCUAGCCACCUUGUUCUUUAUCUUAUCAUGCUCUGGUCAGGAUUUUUAACCAUCAUAUUGCAUCGUUUCCCAAAUUACCCAGAUUUAAGGAAGAUUGCAUAUAUUUUAUUUCAUGUUGUCCCUGCUAAUUUAAAUCCAAUCAUUUAUGGAAUGCAAACAAGAUCAUUACGGGAUAAAAUUAUCCAAAUAUUGCAAAGAAAAUUGUCUCCAACCUAA